CCUCAGUAUACUGCAUUCAUGUUACAAAAUCCACUGGGAAAUAGGGCUAGACCAUUCCAUAGUUCGGGAUAUUUUGGCAUCCUCGUUAUAUUCCAACAUCAGAACAUUUAAAGACGACAGGCAACAUCUUUUUUAAAUGGAAAUGAAUUUCGUUCGGAAAGCCCUGCCCUUCCAUUGAAUAGUAUUUGUAUAUUUCUCCAUGACCCCUAUCCUCAUUGGAAUGGUUGUUCCUUUACACUGCCAUGUUGGAUGGAUGUAUCGAUGUUGCAGCUGGAGUUCCGAAUGAAAGUUUAGAAUUUGCAUUCUGCAAAGAUUGGGGUUCCCACCGUUUAGUCAUGGAGGUUGUUAUCCAACAACCAGGAUCCUGAAAUAUUUCAUUUUGCAGUCCUCUACCUUAGAAACAACGUCAUGAGAUGAUCCGGUUGCAGGCCAUGGCGACCAAAGGCUGCACCAAUUUGAUGUAAUGUUCAAGAGUAAAACAGUUAAUUUUGUUUAUUGAGAAGUUAUUUACGAACAUGAAUAGCCAUUCUCAGCAGCGGCGGGUUGGAAAUAUUGGCUCCAUACUCCUCACCCCGCAAGAGAACGAAUGCCUAUUCAACUACCUGGGAAGGAAAUGCAAUACCCUGUGUUCAGCGGUGGUCCAGGUGUAUGGGGCAGACAGGAGCUCAUCCUGGAUGAAGAGGUGCUGCGGAGUGGCCUGUCUGAUCAAGGAUAACCCUCUGAGGUCCUACUUCAUCAGGGUCUUUGACAUCAAGGAAGGGAAAACCAUGUUUGAACAGGAGCUCUACAAUAACUUCUCAAUCAACAGCUCUAGGUCGUAUUUCAUUUCAUUCGCAGGAGAUAACUGCCAGGUAGGCCUGAACUUCGCUAGCGAGGAAGAGGCCAAGCGAUUUAGAGCUGCACUUAACGAGCUACUCGGCAGACGCCAACGUAAAACGGAGAAAAGAUGUGACCCUGCAAAUGGCCCGGCUCUCCCUAUGGCCACAGUGGACAUCAAGAACCCAGAGAUUAACAAUGUGCGCUUCCACAACUCUCAACAGCAGCUUCCCCAGCCACACCACAUCAACAACAUGCUGCACAGCAGCCUCAGCAAGAAGGAGAAGAAAGUCAAGUGCAAGAGGAAGAAGCUCACCAAGGCAGACAUAGGCACCCCCAGCAACUUCCAGCACAUCGGCCAUGUGGGCUGGGACCCAAACACAGGCUUCGAUUUGAAUAACCUGGACCCAGAGCUGAAGAACCUGUUUGACAUGUGUGGCAUCUCAGAGGCACAACUCAAAGACAAGGAGACCUCCAAGGUCAUCUACGACUUCAUCGAAAAGAAAGGAGGGGUGGAGGCCGUCAAGAACGAGCUCCGUAGGCAAGCCCCACCACCCCCUCCCUCUCGGGGAGGCCCACCUCCCCCUACCCCGCCCCACAGCUCGGGCCCAGCUCCCCCACCACCACCAUUGCGAGGUGGCCGGGGUGCCCCGCCACCUCCACCCUCUCGGGCCCCCACCUCGGCCCCUCCCCCACCACCACCAUCCAGGCCUGGUGCCCUAGGAACCCCCCCUCCACCCCCGCCCCCCACCAGAGGGGGCCACCACCAGCCACCACCACCACCUCCUGCACCCUUGCAUGCCAACACAGCACCCCAGGCCCCACCACCACCUCCCCCACCAGCACCACCACCCUCCGGUUGUGGAGCCCCUCCACCACCUCCUCCACCACCCCCACCUGGACCCCCGCCCCCUCCAGAGUUGGACUGUGGUGUGCCGUUGUCCCGCUCACCCCAGGGCACGGGGGGUAAGUCGGCCCUGCUGGAGCAGAUCCGUGGGGGCACCCAGCUGAAGAAGGUGGAGGCACCGGUCUCCAAACCACCGGCCACCACUGUGGGGCGCGAUGCGCUGCUCGACCAGAUACGGCAGGGCAUCCAGCUCAAAACUGUACCAGACGGCCCAGACUCUGGCUCCCCUACACCAGCACCCUCGGCAGGCAUAGUGGGGGCACUUAUGGAAGUAAUGCAGAAGAGGAGCAAAGCCAUCCACUCCUCAGAUGAAGAUGAUGAUGAUGACGAAGAGGAUUUUGAAGAUGAUGACGAAUGGGAUGACUAGUUAAGUCUCUCCUCCCCCUCCACCUGAGCACAACUGACACUAAACUGAUCCUAAAAUCUUCCAAAACCUGACUAAAAUUGUAAUGUAAAUGUUCCAUGAAUUUGGUGUAUAUUUAUUGUUGCCUUUUUUAUUAAUCUGUGCAAUACCUUGUUCAUUUAAUCUGUAAAGUUUUUUUUCCACAUACCCUCUGUAGAGUCUCUGUGAACACUUUCCUGGAACUCUGUCAAAGAACGCUCGCAUCACCGUUAAAAGCAUGACAUCAAUUAUAUAGUCUGUUAUAAGGGCUCCCGAGUGGCGCAGCGGUCUAAGGCAUUGCAUCUCAGUGCUUGAGGCGUCACUACAGUCCCUGGUUCGAUUCCAGGCUGUAUCACAACCGGCCGUGAUUGGGAGUCCCAUAGGGCGGCACACAAUUGGCCCAGCGUCGUUAGGGUUUGGCCGGGAUAGGCCGCCAUUGUAAAUGAGAAUUUGUUCUUAACUGACUUGCCUAGUUAAAUAAAUAGAAAAGUCAUAACUGUUAAUGGUAAUAAGCUGAGAUGCUUAGGCUGACUACCGCUGUAUAUGACCCUACGCUGCAAGAUUGCUUGCAGCUAAUACAAUGUAUUAUUACCACCAACGACACCUGAUGGAUGGUUCAGGAUGGUGCAAUGUCACAGAACUUCCAGAUAGAAACACAUUUUGUAAUAUUGAUAUGAUUGUCUGUCCUCAAGAAUAGAGUCUUAUACAUUUAUCAGCUCUUUACAUUACAUUUGUCUCCAACGUUCUGAACAUUUAGCCCGAAGGAGUAACACUGUACAUUGCUGCUAUGUUAUGCUUAUGACAGCCUAAAGACGCUCUAUAACAGCAGGUUCAAGCAGUACGGUAUCUGCUGGAUUAACCAUGUGCAAUUUUAUUUGGGAUAUAUUUCAUUGGUGCGUUACUAUUAAAUGUUACUGUAUGUUCCCGGUGAAGAAAGGGAGAUGAUAAACAAUCGGACGGGAUCCUCAUAUUGUUGGUUGACGCAAGAUAACACUAUUUUCCUACCCUACUUUUUUUUUUUGUACCUUUUUGAUUUUCUUAAAGAGAUCCUAGUUUAGCAAAGUAAUUUUGUUCAUAUGGAGUCCACUUAUUAGAAUUGUAAGCCACAAUUGACUCAAAUGUUUUCAAUGCUAGUAUGUUCACAGCUGUUGUCUUUGCACAAUUUCAAAAUUGAAUUUAUUAUAAGAGUAACAGUGCGGUGUCAUAGUUGUGUUCCAUCGAUGUGCUUAUUCAGUGACGGGGAAGACAAAGAUUCCCAUGGGUAGGAUCAGUGUAUGCUUUUUGCCAGUCAUUGACUCAUGGAAGCUCUUAAAGCAGCUGCUGCGUCAAGGAACUUUUUAUUGUAAUCCACUCAUGAUUGACACUACGAAAGUGUUCCGCAUUACAUUUCACUACAAAAAAAAUGUAUAACUAAUACAGAAUCACACAAAUAGGCUCAUAUGAAUCAUUUAGGUUUUGUGCUGCGCUCGUUUCUUUUCUGUCACUUAGUGUACCUGUUACGAUUCCCAAACGUAUUAUUCUCUCCUUCCUGCUGAAAUGAAAAUAAUGGGGGUUUUUUGCAGGUCAGUUUUCAUAUGUACCGGCCAAUCUAGAAAUGUCUUCCCUUUUUUUUUGUUUUUACAAUCCAUUACUUUUAUGGGAUGAAUCUCUAAAUACCUCCAAUACAAAAGUUAAUACUGAACCAAAAUUGGCAUUUGCAUGAAGCGUCUACAAGGUUUUGGUUUGACUCUCCUGAAAAGUUUUGAGAUGGUAAUGAAGCUCAUCCUAAACCAAGGUGAUUGCUGCGUUUUUAGAAACCUUCAAAUGGGUUGGGAAAAGCGAUGGAAAUAAAUUGUAUACUUAGUUUUUCUCA